GAGAGAGGAGGAGCCAGAGGAGGUGUCUGCUGCAAGUUCCUGGCUGCUUCCAAGCUCACCCCAUCCUCCGAGAGGGAGGAGGCCCAACUGGUGAUGCUGCUGCUGCUGCUGCCGCCGCCGCCGCCUCUAUUGCUGAUACUCUAGUGCAGCUGGAAGGGUGGUUCCUAUUCGCACCAUCGCCAACCAGAGACAGAGAGAAAAAAACGGCAGCCGCUGCUGAUGUUGGGUUCGGAGGCUUCAUCCGACUCGGUCACAAGGAAAAUGGAUUCAGUUUGCAUCUCUCCCUCCUUUAAACAGCUUCUCCGGGUCUCAGCAUGCACUUGACUGGAGUGGUUCAUCUCAUUAACCAAUCUUGAGAAGGCUGAAUGAGUGGGCGAGAUGAUAAUCCAUGAGGAAAAGGAGACCAGAAUAGGGCUUCAGUCACCCACCCACAGGAAAGUCUUGGAAACAGGGGAGAGAGGAGAAAUCCCAUUUUCACCCAGCACCUAUCCUGUGUACCCAAAGGGUCUCAGCAUUUCCAGAAAUUGAUCCAGGGCUUCCAGGGCAGCGGUUGAGGAAACCUUACCAAGGAGCACCACACAGUAGAUGCUGAGACAUCGCACUCCAGGAUAAGAAACAGUAACAUGGCAGCACCUGCCUGAAAGAAAUUAAAAACCAACAGACUCCAUUUAGAAAGGAACAAUGUCCAAGAAAGGGCGAAAUAAGGGCGAGAAGCCCGAGGCACUCAUUGUUGCCCUCCAAGCUGCCAAUGAAGACCUCAGGACCAAGCUCACAGACAUUCAGAUAGAGCUUCAUCAAGAGAAGUCCAAGGUAUCAAAGCUUGAAAGAGAGAAGACUCAAGAAGCGAAGAGGAUUCGUGAGCUGGAGCAGCGCAAGCACACAGUGCUGGUGACCGAACUCAAAGCCAAGCUCCAUGAGGAGAAGAUGAAGGAGCUGCAGGCUGUGAGGGAGAACCUUAUCAAGCAGCACGAGCAGGAGAUGUCAAGGACGGUGAAGGUGCGCGAUGGAGAGAUCCAGAGGCUCAAGUCCGCUCUCUGUGCUCUCCGUGACGGCAGCAGUGACAAAGUAAGGACAGCGCUCACCAUUGAGGCCCGGGAGGAGGCCCGGAAACUGUUUGAUGCAGAGCGCCUUAAGCUCUUACAGGAAAUUACGGACCUGAAAACGGCCAAGAAGCAGGUGGACGAGGCUUUGAGCAAUAUGAUCCAAGCAGAUAAAAUCAAGGCUGGGGACCUUCGGAGUGAGCAUCAGUCCCACCAAGAAGCCAUCUCAAAGAUCAAGUGGGAGUCGGAGCGGGAUAUUCGGAGACUGAUGGAUGAAAUCAAAGCCAAGGACAGGAUCAUCUUUUCCCUGGAAAAGGAACUGGAGACCCAAACAGGCUAUGUACAGAAACUCCAACUUCAGAAGGAGGCUUUGGACGAACAACUCUUUCUGGUCAAGGAGGCUGAGUGCAACAUGAGCAGCCCGAAACGAGAAAUUCCGGGAAGGGCAGGUGAUGGUUCCGAACACUGCAGCAGUCCUGAUUUGCGAAGAAACCAAAAGAGAAUAGCUGAAUUGAAUGCCACUAUAAGAAAAUUAGAAGACAGGAAUACCUUGCUUGGAGAUGAACGAAAUGAACUGUUAAAACGCGUGCGGGAAACCGAAAAGCAAUGUAAACCUCUCCUGGAAAGGAACAAGUGCCUCGCCAAGAGAAACGAUGAACUGAUGGUGUCCUUGCAGCGCAUGGAAGAAAAACUAAAAGCAGUUACCAAGGAAAAUUCAGAAAUGAGAGAAAAAAUAACAUCCCAUCCACCCCUGAAGAAAUUAAAAUCUCUGAAUGACCUUGACCAAGCUAAUGAAGAGCAAGAAACAGAGUUCCUAAAACUUCAGGUCAUUGAGCAACAGAAUAUUAUUGAUGAGCUCACAAGGGACCGAGAAAAGCUCAUCCGUAGAAGAAAACAUAGAAGAAGCUCCAAGCCAAUUAAGAGGCCUGUUUUAGACCCGUUUAUUGGCUAUGAUGAGGACUCUAUGGAUUCGGAGACAUCAUCCAUGGCCUCAUUUAGAACAGACAGAACACCAGCUACUCCCGAUGAUGACUUGGAUGAAAGUUUAGCAGCUGAAGAAUCUGAACUAAGAUUUCGACAAUUAACAAAAGAAUAUCAGGCCCUCCAAAGAGCAUAUGCACUCUUACAGGAGCAGACAGGAGGCAUCAUUGACGCUGAACGAGAAGCCAAGGCUCAAGAACAGCUCCAAGCAGAGGUGCUGAGGUAUAAAGCCAAAAUUGAAGACCUGGAAGCAACUCUGGCUCAGAAAGGGCAGGAUUCACACUGGGUAGAAGAUAAACAACUUUUCAUUAAGAGAAACCAGGAGCUUUUAGAAAAGAUAGAAAAACAGGAGGCAGAAAAUCACCGGUUACAACAGGAACUACAGGACGCCAGAGACCAGAAUGAGCUGCUGGAGUUUCGAAACCUAGAGCUAGAAGAGAGAGAGAGACGAUCCCCUCCAUUUAAUCUCCAAAUUCACCCAUUCUCAGAUGGUGUGAGUGCUCUACAGAUCUACUGUAUGAAAGAAGGUGUUAAGGAUGUGAACAUCCCUGAUCUCAUAAAGCAGCUUGAUAUCUUGGGUGAUAAUGGGAAUUUAAGAAAUGAAGAACAAGUGGCUAUCAUUCAGGCCAGCACUGUGCUGUCCCUGGCAGAGAAGUGGAUUCAGCAGAUUGAAGGAGCAGAGGCUGCCCUACACCAGAAAAUGAUGGAAUUGGAAAGUGACAUGGAACAAUUCUGCAAAAUAAAAGGCUAUCUGGAGGAAGAGCUAGACUACAGAAAACAAGCUCUUGACCAAGCAUAUAUGAGAAUCCAGGAACUAGAAGCUACUUUGUACAAUGCUCUGCAGCAAGAAACUGUUAUCAAGUUUGGUGAAUUAUUAAGUGAAAAACAGCAAGAGGAGCUGAGGACGGCAGUAGAAAAGUUACGGCGGCAAAUGCUGAGGAAGAGCAGAGAGUAUGACUGUCAGAUUCUUCAGGAAAGAAUGGAGCUUUUACAGCAAGCCCAUCAGAGAAUCCGUGACUUAGAAGAUAAAACAGACAUCCAGAAAAGACAAAUAAAGGACUUAGAAGAAAAGGUAUCUGUCAAGUUCAAUAACUAUCUUAUUCUUUGUUUAAUCACAAAUGAGCUGAAAGAGCGGCUGCUUCCUCCAAGUCAGCCAGUGUUUUUGAGUGAUAUAACACUGUGGCUGUUACAGAGGGCACUUGGAAAUGUGUGUGGG